AUGGGGCAUACUGGCAAGAAUUAUCGUCAUAUCCUCAACAAGGACAUCGUAAGCGUAGUUUUCAAUAUUCUUGGUGUAUACUUUUUAAAGAUUGGUUGGAAUACUCCCCGACUAAAGAAAGGCUUAUUGUCUAAAAUGUUUCCUAUUCAACCCGCCAACUGGACAUUCGGGGAAGAAAGUAAGAGCCGAGAAGAAUUGUGCUUUCUUUGUCAUAUGGGGAAAGAUUCAGACUCGCUUCAUAAGAAUAUUUUCAAUGACUUGCGAUCCAAGGUUGUGCUUUUAAGAGUCAAGAUGAAACUCUUGAUUCAAUCAAUCAUGGCAAUUCGGGAUGAAAUUAGUGAUUCAAAAUUUUUCAUAAUUGUUGAUGAAGCUCAUGAUCAGUCAAAGGAGCAGAUGGCUAUAGUAUUGAGAUUUGUUGACAAAUAUGGUCUCAUUCGAGAGCAUUUUUUUGGGCUUGUUCAUGUCUCAAACAUCAAUAUAUUCGCAUCCAGGGGAGUUAUUCCUAUACAAACGUUUUACACUAAAUUGACUUUUAUUGUCAACAUUAUCGGUGCUUCAUGUAAGCGCCAUGAUGAAUUUCAAGUUGCUCAAGCAGAAGAGAUUGAGUAUUUGACUUCUAUUGAUGAACUCGAGACUAGAAAAGAGCUUAAUCAAAUUGGAACUUUGCAGCGUGCUGGAGAUACUUGUUGGAGUUCUCACUAUAGGUCUAUUAUAGUGUAA